GUGUGUCAUAGAAAAAAAAACAAAAACAAAUAUAAAUUGUUGUCAAAAUAUGCCCGUUUUGGAACACAUUGAUGCCAUGGCUUCAACACCAGCACCCGCUACCACAACGGUGACUACCGACACAGAGUCUCCACAUCAGGCCGCACCUGAAUUAACGCAAACGGAUCAUCUGAACAGACGUCUUCUGAAAUCUCUUUUGGACACGAUGCAGAUGCAAAUGCAGUCUGACGAUGCAAACCAGAGCAACGACGACAGCAACAACGACGAGUCCAACAACGAAUUUGAUGAAUAAAUUCUGUAUUACUAUGCUUAUA